UUUUUCAAUCCAGGGUGGAUCCAUUUUCUAAGAAAGAUUGGUAUGAUGUGAAAGCACCAGCUAUGUUCAAUAUAAGAAAUAUUGGGAAAACACUAGUCACCAGAACUCAAGGAACCAAAAUUGCAUCUGAUGGCCUCAAGGGACGAGUUUUUGAAGUGAGCCUUGCUGAUCUGCAAAACGAUGAGGUUGCCUUUAGAAAAUUUAAGUUAAUUACCGAGGAUGUUCAGGGCAAAAACUGCCUGACCAACUUCCACGGCAUGGACCUGACGCGGGACAAGAUGUGCUCCAUGGUCAAGAAAUGGCAGACCAUGAUUGAAGCUCAUGUUGAUGUCAAGACUACCGAUGGGUAUCUACUUCGUCUGUUCUGUGUUGGUUUUACUAAA